UCUCGACGCAGCAGCAGCAGCAGCCCGACAGCAGAGACGACGCAGCGUCGCGGUCGCAAACUACCACGACACACGGGAGCAGCUGCAGCUACAACUACUCGAGCAGCAACAACAACUACAGCAGCAGCAGCGGCUACGUACGGUGCGCAAGAAGUUCAACGCACAUACAACAGCGAGGAGAGUAGCGGUAGCGGCAGGAGUCCGGGGAGGGACUGGGGGCGCGCGAUGCGAGACGCGACACCUCGCCGCGCUGCCCGGAGCGCGGUCGUGGCUCAGCGGUCGUGCCUCCGCUGGGGCUCUGACUCGUGAGCCCCCGGGCAGCGCUGAGUCGUGCUGAGCCUUUACCCCCCCCCCCUCUUCCCACUCUCCCCUCCCUCUCCAUAAUCCAGAGCUCUCGCUCUCUCCAGGAGCCACGACGCUCCGUGAGCCAGGCGUUUCCUCCUCUCUCCAUGAGCCACGAGUCUUGCUUUCUCCAUGAGCCAGGCGGCUCCAUCUCCAUGAGCCAGGCGGCUCCAUCUCCAUAAGCCAGGCCGCUCCAUCUCCAUGAGCCAGGCCGCUCCGUCUCCAUGAGCCACGAGCUCUCGCUCUCUCCAGCAGCCAGGACGCUCCCUCCGCGAGCCAGGCGUCUCCCGUCUUCAUGAGCCACGAGCUCUUCCCUGAGCCAGGGCUCCCGGUCUUCGUGAGCCGGGGCUGAGCGGUAGCGGGAGGGAGGAGCGCGCAGUCCCUGGGAUGCACCGCCUCUUCCCGGACUACGCGGACGCCGCGGUGGCGAGCGGCACGGCCGCCGGGCUCUUAGCCGGCGAUGGCUCGGCGCUGGCGGCGGGCUCCAUGACUCCCCUCAACGGCUCCUUCGGCAUGGGGUUCGCCCCCUUCCCGGACCGGCUGCAGAUGGUCCGCAAGGAGAAGUCGCGCGACGCGGCGCGCUCGCGGCGCGGCAAGGAGAACUUCGAGUUCUACGAGCUGGCCAAGCUGCUGCCGCUGCCCGGCGCCAUCACGAGCCAGCUUGACAAGGCUUCCAUCGUGCGCCUCACCAUCAGCUACCUGAAGAUCCGCAACUUCGCGGCCCACGGCGACCCGCCCUGGAACCUCCGCAGCGAGGGGCCGCCGCCCAACACCUCCGUCAAAGCGAUCGGCGUUCAGCGGCGCAGGAGCCCCAGCGCGCUGGCGCAGGAGGUGUUUGAGCAGCACCUGGGGAGCCACGUCCUGCAGGCACUGGACGGCUUUGUGUUCGCGCUCACGCAGGACGGCCGCUUCCUCUACAUCUCUGAGACGGUGUCCAUCUACCUGGGCCUCUCACAGGUGGAGAUGACGGGUAGCAGCGUGUUCGAGUACGUGCACCCGGGCGACCACGCCGAGCUCGCCGAGCACCUGGGCAUGAGGCUGCCCCCCUGUCGGGGUGCCCAGCCCCCCACGGGGGGCCACGCCGCCGGCGACGGCUCCUCCCCCACCUCGUCCGGGCCCGAGACCCCCGACACCGUGGAGCCCGUGGCCCCAACGAUGAUCACCGCCGAGCAGCCCCUCGAGCGCUCCUUCUUCCUGCGCAUGAAGUCGACGCUCACCAAGCGCGGGCUGCACGUCAAGGCCUCGGGCUUCAAGGUGAUCCACGUGACGGGGCGGCUGCGGGUGCGGCUGCCCCUGUCGCACGCGCUGCCACCGUCGCCCACGCCGCUGCUGGGCCUCGUGGCGCUGGCGCAUGCCCUGCCGCCCCCCACGCUGAGCGAGGUGCGCGUCGACUGCCACAUGUUCGUCACGCGCCUCGACCUCGACCUCAAGAUCGUCUACUGUGAGAACAGGGUCAGCGAGUUCAUGGACAUGUCUCCUGGCGAGCUGCUGGGGCGCAGCUGCUACCACUUCGUCCACGCCGAGGACGUGGAGGCGAUCCGGCACUGCCACGUCGACCUUAUCAACAAGGGCCAGUGCGUGACGCAGUACUACCGCUGGAUGCAGCGGCGCGGCGGCUACGUGUGGAUCCAGUCGCUGGCCACCGUCUCCAUCAACGUCAAGAACGCCGGCGGCGACAAGAACAUCGUCUGGGUCAACUACCUGCUCAGUAACCACGAGCGCGGCGACUGCCCCAUGGACCUGCAGCAGCUGCCGCGGCGAGGCGAGGCCGAUGGGGUCACGGGGUCGUCGCCCCGCGCCGCUCCAGGGGUCGUUAUUGCUGGUGAGAGGCUCCAGGACGAGGCUGAGAUGCGCGCGAACCUCCACGCCGACAAGAACCACGCGAGCCCUGGCGGCGGCGGCACCAGGAGGAGGAGCCACGUGGCGGCGGUGCCGGCGCAGGGCAAGGACGGGCGGCCGACGUGCGCCCCGGCACGGCACAACGGCCGCGAUCGCGUCACCGGGGAGGCCGCCGGCGGGGGGCGGCCCGUGGCGCCCGCGAGCGGCCGUGCCGCCCGCGGCUCCCUCCCCGGCGACUCGAGCGAGGAGGAGGCGGGGGACUCGGAGCCAGAGUCGGCGCCCGCGGCCUUGGCCGCUCCGCCGCCCGUCCCCGCGCCGCUCCCCAGCGUCAAGGUCGAGGCCGGCUGCGACACGCGGGGCCCGGCGCGCGUCCCGAGCCGGAGGCCCGUCGAGGCCGACGACGACGACGGCGACGACGACGGCGAAAGGGACUCGGACGGCGACGCGAGGUCGACGGCGUCGUCUGGCCGGUGCCGGCCUGGCCGCCGGCGCGACCGCGGGGCGCGGCGGGCGGCCCCGGGGAGGACUCGCCCCCCCGAGGAUGCGCCGGCGUGCAAGGCCAUCAAGACGGAGAGCUCGGAGCCACUCAACUUCGACAACGACAGCAGCAUCUGGCACUUCCCUCCCAACCGCGAGAUCUCGCGCAACGAGUCGCCCUUCAGCAUGACGGCGCGUGGCGCGGGGGCCGGCGACAAGGCGGACUCGCCCUUCCCCGUCUCCCCCGGCGCCGGCUCCACCCGCAGCCUCACGCCCGUGCAGUCAGAGCCGGCGCUGUCUUCGCCGCGGGACGCGAACGGCGGCGGUGGCGGCGGAGGCACCGCCGGAGCGGCGAAGCCCGGCACGCGCGCCGUCCCGGGCCUCGCCUCGUUCGUCUACAGCGCCGGCGAGGUGGAGAUGCUGCAGCGGCUGCAGCAGCAUGGCAACUUGGUGCUGCCGCUGGCUCACGGCGUGGCCGGACCCUCGGCGGCGCACCACCACCACCCCCACCACCACCCGCACCACCCCCACCACCACCCGCACCACCCCCACCACCACCCGCACCACCCGCCGCGCAUCUACACCACGGGCACCAUCCGCUACGCGCCGGCCGACCCGAGCUUCACGGCUCAGGGCGGACUCCUCCCAGCGAAUCUGGCGGCGGGUUUCGGCCUGGACCCCAAGACUUCGAUGGAGAUGCUCUACCACCACGUGCAGAGGCUGGGCGCGUCGCCCGCCUCCUUCUCGGCGCCGGGCGCCGCCGCGGGGCUGGCGCAGCUGCCUGGCGGCGCCGGCGUCUUCUCGACGCCCGAGGGCUUCUUUUCGACUCUGCCGUUCCACGUCUACGGGAACGGCGUCCACGCCGCGCCGCUGCCGCCGCUGCCGCAGCCGGCGGCCGAGAGGAAGGAGAACUGAGAGCGGCCGGGCGCGUCGACUAAACUACGAUCGUUCGCGUUAUAAUGUGACGCGUUAAGCGGCACGGCGAGCGACGCCGCGGGGGGGAGGGGGGGCAGGGGGGUGACGAGCCGCAGCGGGAAGGGGGGCAGUGCGCGUCGGGGGAACGUAACUUCGCUCAACUUCAUACCUCAAGUAAGCCGACCGCUGCUGCAUCGAGCGGUGGCGGUGACCGGGGGAGGAAGGGCGGCUCUACGGGAGGGCGCUCGACAAAUCCACGCCAGGAAUCUCUCUCCGCUUUUUUUGUAUCGUCACUGCCUGAGCGUUCCACGUUCUCUUUCUGAAUGUGUCGAGCUUGCACUGUAACGCCACAGUGCACGGAAUGUACCUCCUCGCCGGCUCGCCCGUGCGGGCGGGUGCGGCGGCGUCACCCGGCCCGCGAGGCGUCCAUCAUUUCGUUUGUUGCUCAAGUCCAAGCGUCAUAUUGCAACGUUUCAGGAAACUGUUUUGUUUUUACGUUUCCAGCAACUGGAAUCCCCUCGGGGAAGGCUUCGUAAACCCAACGCUCGCCAGGCCAGCUCCACGCCGAGAGAGCAGUCGGUGGGGGGAAUCUCUCUGCAUAAUUUGAAGCCGAGUUUCACCUCACCAGGUCAGGUCGCGCUUGAACUGACCUCGUGAGGUCAACUACGAGCUGCCCCUGUGAGGGUUACGUGCGGAGGUCACGUUUGGAGGUCACGUCUGACGCUACAGCCCAGCGAGCUCGAGUUUGGGCAUCGAGUCGGGAGGUCGAGUCGAGGUCGGGAGGUCGUGCUGCUUUUGGCCGUGCGACCUGCGGGGGAGGUCUGCAUUUCCCCCUCAUGGGGCGGCAAGGCAGCGGAUGCCAUCGACGCGCCUGGCCUCCUGCGCUCCAUCGUCCGUAGCCGUUUCUCGUUGCCCAAAACCCUCGCCGGUGCCGCGUAGAGGGAACUCGCGUUUAAAAUGUGGAAUCUAAAGUUGCCUCCCGGCUCGUGUGAACGCGGGGACGCUGCUCUCCGGCUGCUGGCGCUUGGCCCGAGGUGAGAGUCUUUCCUUGAGUAAAUUUGGCAGAAAAUAUUCCACCUUUUGGAUGCGCCCCCUUCGACGUCGGGUUAUCGCAGCGGCUUAUUGGUUACGAGUGCACGCGUGAAGUGUGCUCGUAUGUUGCUGUGUGUGCGCAUUUGCGCGUUCGGGUACGUGGCUGCUUAUUUGUGUGUCAGUGCGUCUGUGUGUGUGUGUCAGUGCGUCUGUGUGUGUGUGUGGUGACAUCACCGCCACUUAGUGGCGAAUGGCGGUUGUUGUUGUUGUGUUGUUGUGUGUGGGGAGCGGUGGUGUAGCGGUUAACGCGCUGCGCUCGGAACCCGGCGACCAAAGUUCGAUUCCCGCUCAAGGCUGCCAACACCAGUGAAGGUUAUUUAAACUCGCUAUAGGCCUCCCCUAGGUCGAUUAAGCCUCAAAUGAGUACCUAGUACAGUGGUGUAAGCAUCGCUACUAAGGGAGACAAAGGCGGCCGCUGUUAGCGAGUAGCACUUAUUAAGGCCGACGCGGGUGGGUGGCCAGUACCACGCCCGGCUGAGUCACGAUAUUUACACACUGCACCAGGUUCUCAUUUGAGACUGAGUCAACCUAGGGGAAGCCCAGGACCGGUUCAGAAAAUCAUCACUGGUGUUGACCACGAGCGGGAAUCGAACUCGGGUCGCCGGGUGCAUAACGCAGCGCGCUCACCGCUAAGCGACCGCUCCCCACUCGUUGGCAACCACCCCCGCAGCCUCCGAGCCAUAGCCACCACCUCCUGCACGUGCGGCCACGUCGCCCAGCGCCACGCUGCCCACUCACGUUGGUGCCGUGCACUUCCCCCCGGGCCCCGUGGCCUCCCCUAGCACUUUAAGCGGCUCAUGCGCCACGCUCCGGGCCGCGAGAAUCGCUGCACUGGUGGGGGGGGAGGGCAGUAACCCCCCCCUCCUCCUCCUCGCCCCCCCCCCCCCCCCGGGGUGCCUCGUGGUGGUCAUCCCGCGUGCCGCCGGCCAACGAUCAGCGGCACCGCCGGUAAACUUCCGCAUCGAGCUACCGAUGCCGUGCGCCGUCUGCAGUGAGCGCGGACGUUAAAGAACCCGGUGAUGUAUCUUCGUGCGAGUCGGUGUCUGUCACCUGGCAAGAUUGCCCUCGGAUAAAUUAUUGAUAAAGUGAGUUAGUUCGGCAGCCACAGGCCUCCCUUGCUAAAGAUGUAAUCUCGGUCGGCUCGGCGAACUGGAUUUAAACGAGCGCAAUGAUUUGCGUCCGCGCCGAAUCGAGAAUCCGUCCUGCGUGUCCCCGGAGUGGCGUGCGUGUGCCCAGCUCCGCGGAGGCUGCACCUUUGCGGGAAUGCUCUAAGCAGGCUCAAUCUAAUUGAGUUUAAAUAAUAUAUAAAUAUACACCCAGCAUUUAUGCGUUUCACUCACGGCGCAACCCAUCUUCUCAGUGUGACUGAGACUAAUCAACCGUAGCAGCCGCUGUUUUGAAUAAGAUGUAAAAAAUAUUGUUAGCAUUAAAAUUAACAUGUAUAUAUUUUUUUUUACUUACAAUUAUUCGCUAAGGUGUUUUGUAAUUAUUUCGCCAUCAUCAUUUUAGCCAAGCUAAUCCGGAGCGUGACCGCCACGCCCGUGGGAAUCUGACAGCGUGAGAGCGGGGGAGGGAGCUUCCUGAGGUCACCCCACCGCCACCCCCAGGGUGCCACCCCCAGGGUGCCACCCCCAGGGUGCCACCCCCAGGGUGCCACCCCCAGGGUGCCACCCCCAGGGUGCCACCCCCAGGGUGCCACCCCCACGGUGCCACCCCCACGGUGCCACCCCCACGGUGCCACCCCCACGGUGCCACCCCCACGGUGCCACCCCUACGGUGCCACCCCCACGGUGCCACCCCCACGGUGCCACGUGUCGCGCCAAGGAAACCGCCCCACCGCUCGAUCGCUCCGCGCCAUCCCUGCUCGGCGUCCCCUCUCCGUGGCCGUGUCGUUUAACGAGCAAAGCUUUGUGUCGACGACGCUGACCACGUGGGCUCCUCAUUUGUUCGCCUUUGUGACGAGCCAUCGACGUCACGGAUCGGGCGCCUGGCGCGUGGCACCGUGACGAUGGGAAGACGUCAUCCAACCAACACGUGGGCACCGCCAGCCCUGCCCACCACCGCAAAGCACUUAUGGGAGGGUGUGGUGGGUGUCACUGUGAUGUUCUCGCGAUCAUUGGAACUAAGACAAAGCCACGUGGCGUUGGGUACGACGGUGUUGUUAAGAUUUACAAAAGCUGUUCCGUGUUCUUGUUUCCACAUCGAAUCCUGGAAUUGAGUUUUUUUUAUAUUUUUAUAAGCGGUUUGUUUAUGUUCGUUUUUUGUGCGUUCAUGAGACGUGGGCAGGUGCUGUUUAUAUCGUGUGACGUUCACCCAUGCCAGCCGUCACCUUCAAUACCUCAUAGCCAGGAUUAUCUGCCGCGCAUCGUUUUGUCCAUUCAAGUGAAAAUAAUGAUGAUGAUGACGACGACGAUGAAAAUAAGGAUGGCAAGCAGGUUUAUUUUAAGUGCACAAUGAGAGGAAUUCAUGAUGCUCAUUUUUGUUUGUUUUCUUACGUAAAAAGUCUGUAAACACUUUCAUCUUUACAUUCUUGUUGUGAAUAAAGCGAUGGGAUGUAAAGUCGCGUGGUGAAGAGCGGCAGCUGUCCACCCGGGUUUGUGUGUCUGUGUCUCUGUCUUGGUAUGUCAGCGUGUGUGUGUGUGUGUCUAUAGUGUGUGUGUUUGUGUGGGAAGCGGUAGUGUAGUGGUUAACGCGCUGCGCUACAAACCCGACAACCCGAGUUCGAUUCCCGGUCGUGGCCAACACCAGUGAUGAUUAUCUGUACCAGUCCUGGGCCUCCCCUUGGUCGACUCGGCCUCAAAUGAGUACCUGGUGCGGUGUGUAAACAUUAGCAACUAAGGCCUUCGGCCAGGAAAGUCACGAAAAAAAAUUCACACGAACAACGCAAGCACCCGAUGCUCCGUUUAGAAGUUUUAAAAUGAAACAUCUUUGAAUUGUAUUAUGUUUUGAAUUAGAUAAUUGUAUUUCUUCAUUAAAAGCUGAUAUCAUUUUACAUCUGGAAGGUUUAAUGGAACAGGACGUUUCGUGUGAAUUUUCUCUCGUCGUUAAGUAGAUGGACUUGCUGGGGGCUCGGUUCGAUGCGGACUUUCACCCAUUUGGGAAUGCAGGAUAGAGAUAAGGCGACAGAGCUGCUGGUCGUGCGAGAAGACCGCCAUCUGCAGAUCGAUUCCAACGUAAUCGAACGUCUGUCCCUGCGCCUCCGUCGUUCAUGCAGGGGACGCGUAGGUUUGCAGCACCCCCUGCAUGAAAACGACGGAAAGUGCAGCGUUCAUCACAGAUAAAGUUGUGCGCUUAUAUAAGAGUAUGGGGAGAUAAAGGCGGUCGGGCGUGGUGUUGGCCACCCAACCCCCUCGUGUGCCAUGCCGGCCUGCAUAAAUGCUUGCUCGCAGAAACUUGCCCCAACAGUCUGUUAAGGCUACACGGGGGAUCUUUGUCUUUGUAUGUGUUGGUGUGUGAGGUGCGUGUCGUUUCGCUGAUCAUCUAUUGGUUUGCUAUACUGGAUGAUCCAAAGUCAGCUAG